CAUCAACAGGUAACCCAACUCUGAGUGUCUCCAGAGGAGGCAAUGAGAGGUGCCGGAGACAUGAAGAUCCUACUGUUGUGUCUUGCACUCGUUUUGGCUUCUGAUGCCCAGCUACUCCUUCCUAAUGUACUGACACAGGUUUCAGGACCAUGGAAGACCUUGUAUGUAUCAUCCAACAACCUUGACAAGAUUGCGGAGAAUGGCCCGUUCAGGAUUUAUAUCAGACGUAUCAAUGUGGACAUACCAAGACUCAAAAUCUUAUUCAGUUUUUUUGUCAAGGUUGACGGAGAAUGUGUUGAAAAGUCUGUUGAGGCAUCAAUAGGACAAGACAAUCUUAUCAAUGCUCAUUAUGCUGGUGGCAAUUAUCAUCAAAUUCUUGAUGUGACCCCAAAUGCUCUCAUAGGCUAUAUUGUCAAUGUGGAUGACAAAGGGAGAAUCACAAAAUUAGCUUCCUUGGUUGGCAGAGGAGCUCAUGUUAAUGAGGAGGACAUUGCAAAGUUCAAGAAGCUGAGUAGAGAAAAGGGUAUUCCAGAAGAAAAUAUUAUAUACUUAGGCGAUACUGACAACUGUCCCAACCAUGAAUAA